CGAAUUACUACGCCUUUCCACAUGGAGUUCACCUUGCCGAAAAAGAAACAGGAACAGUUUUGAGAUAUUUUGUGCUCUUGAAAGAUAAAAUUCAACUUGGCAUUAGAUUUACUAGGAAGAUAAAUCCAACAUGGAUCUUGUUACGAUUUUAGAAAAGACCACAUCGGCUGAUCAUACCGAGCUAGAACAUGCCCAGAAAUUCCUGGAGCAAGCUUCAGCCACAAAUUUGCCGGAGCUGCUCAAAACACUGUCCGAGAUCUUGAAGACGGCAACUAACAGUCCUGUGGCUCGUAUGCAGGCAGGUUUACAGCUGAAGAACGCACUUUAUUCAAAAGAUCAGGCCUUAAAGUUGGAAUAUCAGCAGAGAUGGCUUUCCUUUCCAGAGGACGUUCGAAAUCUUGUCAAAAUCAAUGUCUUGGCGAGUUUGGGCACCGAAACUGUUCGACCCAGCUCUGCAGCCCAAUGCGUAGCUAACAUCGCCUGUGCAGAUCUUCCAAAUGGGUUGUGGCCUGACCUGAUUUCCUCACUUUGCCGUAAUGUUACUGACCCAGCAAGCACAGAAAUGAUGAAAGAAUCCUGCUUGGAGGCAGUCGGAUAUAUCUGCCAGGAUAUAGACCCAGAGAUUCUUCAAACACAGUCAAAUGAGAUUCUUACAGCCAUAGUUCACGGAAUGAAAAAAGAGGAAACAAGCAACCAUGUCAGAUUUGCCGCAACAAACGCACUUCUCAACUCCUUAGAAUUCACCAAGAGCAACUUUGAAAGAGAUUCAGAGCGACAUUUUAUCAUGCAAGUUGUGUGCGAGGCAACGCAGUCGGAAGAAACACGUGUAAGAGUUGCGGCCCUUCAGUGUCUUGUGAAGAUCAUGUCCCUUUACUAUGUCUACAUGGAGCACUAUAUGGGCCCCGCUCUGUUUGCGAUCACAGUUGAAGCAAUGAAGUCAGAGGUGGACGAGAUUGCUUUGCAGGGUAUUGAAUUCUGGUCAACCGUGUGUGACGAAGAAGUGGAUCUUGCCAUCGAACUGUCAGAGGCUGCGGAAGCAGGCAAACCACCAGAGAGAACGAGCCGGUUUUAUGCCAAGGGAGCCUUGCAGUACCUUGUGCCAAUUAUGCUGUCUUCUCUCACAAAACAGGAAGAGUUUGAUGAUGACGAUGAAUGGAAUCCAUGCAAGGCUGCGGGAGUCUGCCUUAUGUUGAUGGCCUCGUGCUGUGAAGACGAUAUUAUUCCCCAUGUUCUGCCCUUUGUCACACAAAAUAUACAGAACCAGGACUGGCGCCAUAGAGAUGCUUCCGUCAUGGCAUUUGGUUCCAUAUUGGAAGGUCCAGAUCCGAACCAGCUCAAGUUAUUGGUGGACCAGGCUCUGCCGAUGUUGAUAGAGAGCCUCAAAGACCCGAGCGUCGUUGUUCGAGACACAGGAGCAUGGACCAUCGGUCGUGUGUGCGAGAUCUUGCCAGAGACGGUUAUCAAUGAGAAAUACUUGGAGCCGCUGCUAUACGCUCUUGUGGACGGCCUGAAUACAGAACCGAGAGUGGCUAGCAAUGUGUGCUGGGCAUUUUCCAGUCUUGCUGAAGCUGCCUACGAAGCUGCAGAGACGCCAGAUGAUGGAAACGACCCACCAAACUACUGCCUCUCCAAAUACUUCGAACAGAUUGUCCAGAAACUUAUAGCCACUGCUGAUAGAGCGGAUGCGAACCAAAACAAUCUAAGAAAUGCUGCCUACGAGGCCAUUAUGGAGCUGAUGAAAAACAGCCCUAAAGACUGCUACCCUAUUGUCCUUAGUACACUGGUCCUCGUCCUAGAUAAACUAGAAAAAGUCCUUCAAUUAGAGAAUGUGAUACAAGCAUCUUCGGAGCGUUCCCAGUACAAUGAUUUGACUUCACUGCUUUGUGCUACUCUACAGAGUGUAUUACGGAAAGUAACACCGGAAGAUGCCCCAAAGAUUUCUGACCAGAUAAUGCACUGCCUGCUGCGAAUGUUCCAGUCUUCAACUGGGAAGUCAGGCUGCGUGCAGGAAGACGCUCUGUUAGCACUGUCUAUCCUCACUGAGGUAUUGGGAGAGAAUUUCCUCAAGUACAUGGAAGCCUUCAAACCAUUCCUGAUCCAUGCCCUGAAAAACCACGGUGAAUACCAGGUGUGUAUAGUUGCUGUAGGUCUGGUUGGUGACCUGAGUCGAGCCCUGGGACAGAAGGUGCUUCCAUACUGUGACGAGAUAAUGCUCCUGCUUCUAGAAAACCUGGGGAAUCAAAGUGUACAUCGGUCUGUGAAGCCCCAGAUUCUGUCCAUAUUUGGUGAUAUUGCCUUGGCUAUAGGCCCCACCUUCAAGAAUUAUCUAGAGGUUGUGUUGUCUACUGUACAACAGGCCACACAGGCACAAGUUGACAAGACUGACUAUGACAUGAUAGACUAUCUGAACGAGUUACGUGAAGGAUGCCUUGAGGCCUACACUGGCAUUGUACAGGGAUUGAAGGGUGAUGGUGACACUCCAAGUCAGGAGGUAGCGUUACUACAGAACCAUGUUGGACACAUGAUAUCCUUCAUAGAACACAUAGCACUAGAUGAGGAUCACAGCGACAGUAAUAUAUCAGCCUCGUGCGGUCUCAUAGGAGACCUUUGUACAACAUUCGGUGCCAGUAUCCUGCCAUUGGUCGAUAAGGAACCAAUAACAAGCCUUCUUACAAAAGGGCGAAGGUCAAAAGUCAGCAAAUGUAAAACAUUGUCCACUUGGGCAACUAAAGAAAUCCGCAAACUGAAAAACGCUCAGUCAUGAUAAAUUAAGGAGCCUAGAAUCUGUGUAAUACUAGAAUUGCACCAUGGACAUCUAGACAUUGCUACAUAAGACAACAAAAUUAUAUGCGGAGUUGUCUAAAAACAGCCAUCUCAAAUAUCCCAGCAAGACUUGUGUGUUUUUGUGCGAGGGACUGGGAGAUUCUGACAACACUACAGUGAGGGGGAGAGAGAAUUAUUGUUACGAGCGUGGAAAGUGAGCAAGUUGCGAGAAAGCUCAAUUGACGACAAAUCGUGCGAGUGAGCGAGACCAGUGAGAACGCGACAUUACAAAGCCCAGGACGGUGACUGCAGACUGACAAAGCACUCAGUUCGACCUUGACCUACGUUAUAUUGACAACAAUAUAUAUAGUUAUGAACGACAUCAAACUUCAUGACCGGUUUCAUCUUCUCAAAUACGGCCUGAGACAAAAUUGUUCAGCAUAAAUGCAAUUGCAGUUUUGUUUUAACACCGUUGUGUUCUCCUGUUUAAAAAUGUGCAUGCCAAAAUUAAAAUGAAAGAAGUAAAAAAAAUAUAGAUAUCUUUUAGAGAAAUGACCAUUGAUCUAAAUAUGUUACUUGUUGCAAAGAAAUAAAAGCAUGUUAUUCAUUGUUUUUCACUGAGCUAUGCUGUGAUCAUACCAUUUUCUAAAGUGAUAUGCAUAUUUUUCCAUUUACACGGGAAUGAGUGAUAUUUCCCGCAGUGCUAAUGUUUGUAUUCUUCUCAGCUGUUGAAUUAUUUGUUCAAGCCUUCCUCUUUUGUGCUAUACAACUCUGAUUUCUCUUCUACAGACAUCCGACAAACUUGUUAUUUUUGUGUUCUGUGUGUAUAUAUAUAUAUUUGCUUAUGUUGAUAUAAAGAGGGUUUCAUGCAAUAUUGUAUUUAAUUUAUCAGCUGAGUUUUUGAUUUGACCAAGCAAAUUUAAUGAAUUUUUGCUGCUUAUAACUCCAUUAGAAAAAAAACCCAAUGCAUUAGAUUAAUCAUUUAAAAUUGCAUAAAAUCCUCUAUUGCCUAGUGUCGAACUAGGCUGUUAUUUCAUGUUUGAAGACAGCGUUCAUUGACUUAAACAAUUGGUUGAUUAGACUCUGAAAUGGUUUAUAAAUUCUAAAACUUAAAUAUCAUUAAUUUGUUGCCAUAGCAACGACAUGGAAUGAAAGACCACGGAUUAUUAGUAGUCAAGUUAUCAGAUCUGUUAUAAUUUGUCCAUGAUUGGCACGAUUGUAAACAUAAAUUAUAUAUCUCUAUUUUCAUACAAUGAUGAAGGUCUUGACAGAAAUAAACACAUUUGAACAAUGAA